AUGGAGAGAAAAUCUGAUCUUGCUGCUACCAAUCGCAUCUACGAUGAAUUCGAACCAAUCUCAAACUGGAAAACAGAACAAGGAUUCGAAACUCUCACUAUUUACCUUCCAGGGUUUAGGAAAGAGCAACUUAAGGUGCAAGUAACCACAACAAGGAAGCUAAGAGUUAUGGGAGAACGUCCUGCUGGAGCCAACAAAUGGAUGCGUUUCCGCAAGGAGUUUCCUAUUCAAUCAAACACCGACGUUGACUCCAUCGUUGCCAAAUUUGAAGGCCCAAAUCUUGUUGUCAAGCUCCCUAGACCCGAGCCAAUAGCCAAACAAACCUCACCUAUUCAUACAACAGCCACAAAACCUCCUCUGGUUCCUAAGGAAUCCGAGAAGGUUCAACCACCAAAUCCAACAAGAGAGAAGAAAGAAGCAGAACUCGCAAAACAGACCGAGAAGGUUCAACCGCCAAAGCCAUCAACAGAGAAAAAAGAAGCUCUUAAAGUAGCAGAGAAAAAAGCUUGUGACGGUAUACUUAACCAAGAUUAUAGAAGUAAAGUGAAUGCAUACAAGGAGAAUCUUGGAGGUUAUGUUGCAUUGAUGAAGAACAACAAGACCGCCAUUACAGCUGGUAUGCUUGCUCCAGCUGCUGCUGUUCUGUUCCUGUCCAUUGGCUUCUAUGCUGGUCGAAUGUUUACUUCUUAA